GGUAUCUGCACGAGUCUUAACUGCGUUGUUUUGGGAUUACAUCACUAUAUCGUCACAGGGUGUUCAGUCUGGGCAACAAGAAGAGCACUAUCAGUCCGAGGCCUUUUCUCACAGCUGUCAGUCCUUCGUUACUCCCUCUGCAAGAACUACAAUAUCAAGGAAGGAGACACCAGAGCCCCACUGACUGGUUGGCAUACAGAACAAGACAGCCUACUGCAGGAAGACAGACAGGCACCAUGACACAGGGCAAGCUUUCUCUUGCAAACAAGACCACCAAUGGCUCCUCCAGUGGACAGGCCUUAGUGGCACCAGCUCCUCCCAGCUAUGAGGAAGCCACUGCGGGCACCAGUGCUCCUUGCUAUAAUGAUGUGGAGAUGCUCACAGAGUUCACCUGGGAUGAUCGCAACAUCAGAAGGGUCUUCAUCCGUAAGGUGUACGCCAUCUUGAUGAUCCAGCUUUUGGUCACUCUUGCUAUUGUGGCUCUCUUCACAUUCUGUGACCCUGUGAAGGACUACAUUCAAGCCAACCCUGGGUGGUACUGGGCCUCUUACAUUGUGUUCUUUGUCACCUAUGUGACCCUGUCUUGCUGCUCUGCACCAAGGAGGCAGUUUCCAUGGAAUCUGAUUCUGCUUGCCAUCUUUACCCUGUCCCUCUCCUACAUGACAGGGAUGUUGUCCAGUUUCUAUAAUACCAAGUCAGUGGUGAUGUGUCUGGGCAUCACAGCAGCUGUUUGCCUCCUGGUCACAGUCUUCAGCUUCCAAACUAAGUUUGAUGUGACAUCAUACCAAGGUGUGCUCUUUGUCUUCUGCAUGGUCAUGUUCAUCUCUGGACUGGUGCUGGCACUCGUCCUUCCCUUUCAAUAUGUACCAUGGUUGGAUGCCACCUAUGCUGUCUUGGGAGCCAUACUGUUUACCAUGUUUUUGGCGUUUGACACCCAACUUCUCAUGGGGAACAAGCGGUACACCAUGAGCCCGGAAGAGUAUGUCUUUGCCACUCUCAACAUCUACCUAGAUAUCAUCUACAUCUUCUCCUUCUUCCUCCAAAUCUUUGGAACAAAACGAGAGUAAACCAUCACCCUACCUUUCUGACCUACAGACAAAGGGAUGCACCAGAUUGGAAAUAUAGGCAGACAUGAUAAGAGUCUUGUGAAUUUUUGGUGAUUGUGGUGACAAUACUUCCACUUGUAACAGCUUUAUUUUUUGCCUGAUACUGACAUGGUCACAAAUAGUUUGUGAAUCUCUUGUACAGCUACACAUGUACAUAGACAUAAUGUCAGUAUUAACACCCAAGAUGUCUAUAACCUUUCCCUCCUCUCUAGCAUGUUUGGAAACGCUUACCACGCUAGGGGGUUAGCUUACUAGCUUUACCAGUGAUCAGUGGUCUCUGAUCUUAAUCUGUUUAACGUAGAUAAAACAUUCUGUGAGUGUUCAUAUGAAGCUGUAUGGGUGUCAUAUAUCCAUGCUUGCAUUGGUAUCAUAAAUCACCUGCAAACAAUAGAUGUCAGUGCUGUUUAGGAAGUGUUUGAUCAACAGCACAUUAUGCAUGACUCUUAAAAAAAGCCCUAACUAUGCCAAGUAAAGUCAUCCCAUUGUUGGACUAUUGCUGUGGGUGUUGAUUUAGUCAAUGAAAGCACAAACCUAACUUUAAAAAAAAAAAGAAAAAGAAAAACUUUCCCUUUGUUUUCAGUUAGCCUAACUGUUUUUAACAGUUCGAGGAUAGGUGACCUCUUUUUUCUGGCUUUCGAAUGACAAUCUGAAAUAUUAUUUACUGGUUUUGGGAUGUUGCUACUCAUGUCUGCCUUGAUUUGUUAUUUGUUGUAGAAUGUAUGAUCAAUAUGUUGACCCCCCCCCCCCCCCCCAUUUAACUAUGAAGCUGUCAUUCAUUGCAUUCACAUUGUUGCAAUGUUUAUUAUUAGUGUGUCAUUUGUCUAAUAUGUGUGUUUUCAUGAGAAAUAUUUAGUUUGAGCAAACCUUGAUUGUUGGCAUUGUAGUUUUUGGUCCUAAUAUUAUUUAAACUUAUAUAGUUGGCUUGAAACGGUGACAUUACAAUUAAAUAUAAACAUGACAGUGCCAAACAUGCAUGAAUUUACUCUAACUUUUGAUAAGGCCUGCAUUUGUGGAGGGGCUUGAAUGCUAUAUUUCAUGAGAUUUGAAGUUUAUUUUUUUAUGACAGAAUGAUAUAUUUUAGAAAGCAAGAGAUGGUGAGUUUAAAGCUUGAAAUGAAUUUAUUAGUCUUCUAAAGUGGCCUUGGAUUACCUUUAUUUGACAAUAUUGAUGCGGUAGUAUAUUGUUCUAAGAGCAUUUCACUGUAAUAUUGGUGUCACUGUAUUCAUUUAUUAAAGGGUGAAUAUGUA